CUGACCUAGCAGGCGGGGCGUGCAGGGGCCGUCGGGGCAGCGGCCAUGGGGGGCCUGAAAGACGAGCUGCUCAAGGCCAUCUGGCACGCCUUCACCGCGCUCGACCUGGACCACAGCGGCAAGGUCUCCAAGUCCCAACUCAAGGUCCUUUCCCAUAACCUGUGCACAGUGCUGAAGGUUCCACAUGACCCUGUUGCACUUGAAGAGCACUUCAGGGAUGAUGAUGAGGGACCCGUUUCCAACCAAGGCUACAUGCCAUAUUUAAACAGGUUCAUUUUGGAAAAGGUCCAAGAUAACUUUGACAAGAUUGAAUUCAAUCGGAUGUGUUGGACUCUCUGUGUCAAAAAAAACCUCACAAAGAGUCCCCUGCUCAUUACAGAAGAAGAUGCGUUUAAAGUAUGGGUUAUUUUUAACUUUUUAUCUGAAGACAAGUAUCCAUUAAUUAUUGUUCCAGAAGAGAUUGAAUACCUGCUUAAGAAACUUACAGAAGCAAUGGGAGGAGGCUGGCAGCAAGAGCAAUUUGAACAUUAUAAAAUCAACUUCGAAGACAGUAAAGAUGGCCUUUCUGUGUGGGAACUCAUUGAACUUAUUGGAAAUGGACAGUUUAGCAAAGGCAUGGAUCGACAGACGGUGUCUAUGGCAAUUAAUGAAGUCUUUAAUGAGCUUAUAUUAGAUGUGUUGAAACAGGGUUACAUGAUGAAAAAAGGCCAUAGACGGAAAAACUGGACUGAACGCUGGUUUGUACUAAAACCCAACAUAAUGUCUUAUUAUGUGGGUGAGGAUCUGAAAGAUAAGAAAGGAGACAUUUUCUUGGAUGAGAAUUGCUGUGUAGAGUCUUUGCCUGACAAAGAUGGAAAGAAAUGCCUUUUUCUCAUAAAAUGCUUUGAUAAGACCUUUGAAAUCAGUGCUUCAGAUAAAAAGAAGAAACAGGAGUGGAUUCAGGCCAUUCAUUCUACUAUCCAUCUGUUGAAGCUGGGCAGCCCUCCACCACACAAGGAAGCCCGCCAGCGUCGGAAGGAACUCCGGAAGAGGCUGCUGGCCGAGCAGGAGGAGCUGGAGCGACAGAUGAAGGAGCUCCAGGCUGCCAACGAGAACAAGCAGCAGGAGCUGGAGACCGUGAGGAAGAAACUGGAAGAAGCAGCAUCUCGUGCAGCAGAAGAGGAGAAGAAACGUCUUCAGACUCAAGUGGAACUACAGGCCAGGUUCAGCACGGAACUGGAGCGAGAAAAGCUGAUUAGACAGCAGAUGGAAGAACAGGUGGCCCAAAAGUCCUCUGAACUGGAACAGUAUUUGCAGCGAGUGCGGGAGCUGGAAGACAUGUACCUAAAGCUGCAGGAGGCUCUUGAGGACGAGAGACAGGCCCGACAAGAUGAAGAGACAGUGCGCAAGCUUCAGGCCAGGCUGCUGGAGGAAGAGUCUUCCAAGAGGGCGGAGCUGGAAAAGUGGCACCUGGAGCAGCAGCAGGCCAUUCAGACGACCGAGGCGGAGAAGCAGGAGUUGGAGAAUCAGCGCAUCCUGAAGGAGCGGGCCCUGCAGGAAGCCAUGGAGCAGCUGGAGCAGCUGGAGCUGGAGCGGAAACAGGCGCUUGAGCAGUAUGAGGGAGUUAAAAAGAAGCUGGAGAUGGCAACUAAUAAGACCAAGAGCUGGAAGGAUAAAGUAGCCCAUCAUGAAGGAUUAAUUCGAUUGAUAGAGCCAGGUUCAAAGAACCCUCACCUGAUCACUCACUGGGGACCUGCAGCUUUCACCCAGGCGGAACUGGAAGAGAGAGAAAAGAACUGGAAAGGGAAAAAGACCACAGAAUGACCGAGCCAGCAGAGGUCGCAUCAGUUACAUAGACGCCGUGGCUGUAGAGCUUUGUGCUAAAGACAAAAGAAACCGGCUUUGCUGCUUCUAACCCUUCCUCCCUCAGUGCCUUUAAUUGGGUCAGUGUGCUCAGGAAACCUUCCUAUUUCUCUUCCUGCAAAUCGGCUUACCUGAAAAGAAAGAAAAGUCAAUAUUGUCACGUUCUUUUAUUUAUUCUUCCUUUAAAACUGUUUUUGGAAAAUUACUGUUCAGUGCUCUCACCUUGCUGUCUGAACAAGGCAGCAUAGGAUGGCCCAGUGAACUCCAUCAGGUGCCACGUUUGGAGGGGUGCAGGGUGUCGGUGCUCAGAAUCACUGGAUAGUCAGGCCCUCUUGGACUUGGUGUCAGCUUUUCUCUCAGGCAGCAUGUUUCCUCUCCAAAGAUGUGUUUUUUAAAAACUGGAUUGGUCAGUCUGCCUGCCACUCACCCCAGUUGCCAUGGAAGGCCUUGGGCCACUGGUGCGCUGAUGGAGAGGUCAGAGGGUCACUGCCAUCUCCUGGUUGCCCUCCUAGAUGUGAUCUGGUUGGAGAGGUUUUCUGGUUUCUACUAAGAUGCUUCUUUCCCUAGUGGUCAUACACUUGGCCGUGCUAUUCCCAACUCCUUCCCCUCACCUCAGAGGACAACAGCUCUUGGCCCAUGCUCUCAACUCAGCCAUCUCCCUCGUUUGUUCUUUCUCUCUGUCCCUAGUGAAUAGUCAUGUGCUGCCAGGUAUAUACCAGGCUGUGAGAGGAUGAUGUUGAGUAGUGGAAAGAAGCUACCUUGAAAUAAAAUCAUUUGGAUAAUUUAUAAAGCAGAUUCUGUGCACAUGGGCAGUGGGAAAUUGUCUGCUAGCUAGAUUCAAAACGUCAUAAAGAUGGCGGCAGGCCGUCACAUCUGGUAAAACACGAAGAUAGCCCUCAGAAGGUGGGCAGCCUCUGUGGUGACCUGAGGCAGGAAGUGACCAACAAAAACAAGUGUGCCAGGGAAACGGGAUCCUAGUUUCUCUGCAUGUGAUUUGAAAGGCGUAUGGAGGAGUGUUUUCAUACGUGAAUAUAUAUGAUCAGCCUUUGGAUUGAGAAUAUUUGUGAAAUCAAGCCCUCCAACACUAAUUAUAAUUUAUGAGCAGCAGUAACUCCAUGGGCAGCAGUGAGGAUUAAAACUGUAAAUAGAUACAAGGGUAAUUCAGUUAGAAAAAAGGCAGAGUUCAGUCGGAUGGAUACGUCCUUCUCCCUGCAAAUACUAAAUGAGGACAGAGAACCUCAUGCGUCCUUACUCUGGUACCUGCAUAAAAGCAGUAAGAAAGCUCUUCCCAAGAUCGACACUGCCAGAGUGUAUGGUUUUAAGAGAUUUUAGUGUCUAUUUAUUUACCCGAGAGGAAACUGGAUUAUAAUCCCAUAAAUGGUCAUCUUUUAUGACUGGAAAAUAUUUGCCAAUGAAAGGGUCUUUAGAAGUUUGUCUUAAGGUUUUUGGCUAUUUAAUAAAAAUGAAACUUUAAUGUUGUCUUCCAGUUGUCUUUAUAAAGUUUAGAUUAUUAUCUAAAGUAUCUUUGUAUUACGUACCUCCAAAAUGUACGGUAAUUCGGGUGUUGGUUUUGCUUAGCUCUGUAUCAGGAUUAUCAUCAGUUAAUUCAGCAGCUGGCAGGCAUGAUAGAGCCACAAGGCCUGGAUAGGCCUUUCCUGUGGCUUGAUGACAGGUCUUAGCCCAGUGUCCUCCCUGAAGAGAGGGAACCGUCCCUUACAGGGAAGCCGGCGAGCCCAGUGGAGUCCAUGGAGUUGGAAAGCCCACGCCUGGCCGCCUGGGGAGGGAUGGCGGGGGAGGUGUGAGUUUCUGCUCUGGGGAGGUGGCGAACAGGCCAUGAAUGUCUGCACAGUGUCCUUCCUUAAACCCGACUUCUAGCAUAGCUACAGCUGAACACGCGGCCUGGGGCUUGGGCCACGUGUGGGCUUCCACUGACUCGUGCAGGUGGCCGUGUGGGCUUCCGUGGGUCGCUGAUUGGCUUCCAGGCUCCCGUGGCACUGUGCAGCGCCAGGCUGCAGGGCCCUUUGUAAACAGCGCCUUGGCUAAGGUAGUUACUUAGGAGGCAAGGACAGCACAGGAAUGAACUAGGAAACCCCACUGGGUAUUUGAUCCUAACUGAACCCCUGACAUUUGAAAUGCUUGCCUCUGACUGCUGAGAGACCCUUUGGUUUUACGUUUGUAAUUUCUGUACAGACGGUUUGAGGGUGUCUGAAUGCCUGUCGUAACCAGGCCUGUUCCUUUCUACGUAGGAUAUGAACGUUUAUAGGAAUUGUGCAUGCAGAGAACCUUACAAAUGUGUUUUUGUGAUGUGUUAUGUUGAAAGGGAACAAAAUAUUUAUAAUUUUCCAACAGCCUUACCUAAACAAUUAUACAAUGUCAUAUGCUCAACUUUUCUUAAUUUUUGCUAAUUUUUCUAAGAUAUAUUAAAAGUAUUUUGUAUCUUCUUUUUUUAGUGAAAUGGACCCAGUAAGAAAUUAAAAACACCAGAACAUCCUACA